AUGUCGCUUCAGGAAUCCUUCAGGCAGAGCAAUUCACCGGGGCAAGAAGCUUGCAGUCCAUCGCGGUACUUCGAGGAGGACACCUACCCUUCGAGUCCACGCGAUGCAGAGUUCGAGCGGCAAGCUGCGCCUCCCAGCACUGGAAGGCAGUCCCAGGAGCUCUUGCGCGAGAUGAGAAGGCUGAGGCAGCAGAUGGAGCAAAUGGCUGAGCUGGAGAAGCUUGCGGCCGGACGAGAUCCAGGUGGGCGGGGACCACGUCUUGCAGUCUUCGUACGUCAGGCGCACUUAUGGUUGGAUGUUUAA